GAUUCGACAACAAAGGGUCCAACAUGCACAUGCGCGCGUAAUGAUUCCUCCGCGGAACGAUGCCUGUUUAUACUAUAUUUAUUCUUUGUCCCCGUCUUUAAAUUUGUACUUACACCAGCACAGCAUAUCACUGCAUUCGGAUAUAUCUCUCGACCCAUCAAGAGCAGGCUCGGCAAUCUACCAUGUCCAAAGUAUUUUCUCAGAGUGAUGUUGCAUCGCAUAACAAGGCUGAUGACAUUUGGAUUAUUAUUAACAACGACGUCUUUGACGUGACAAAAUUCCAAGACACGCAUCCAGGCGGUAAAAAGGUCAUGCAAACUGUUAGUGGCAAAGAUGCCACAAAGAAAUUCCAGAAGUAUCACAGAGAUGCAAUCUUGAAUAAGCACAGGGAAGAACUACAGAUCGGUAGCCUUGAAGUUGUUGAGACGAAACCCAAAUCUUCGUCCUUAUUCUCAUUUUUGAAGAAGAGCUAGCUACAUGCUACGGCAGAAGCACCACAGCCAGUAUAAACGUGCUGGACGGUUUCAACUUGUGUCAGGCCUUUGCAGGAGUUUAUCUUCGGGAUCACUGUGCUCUUUUCUCAGUACCACUUCCUACAGAGGCUCAUCAACGGAUGAUGAAUAGCUGCCUGCCUUGUUUCACCGGCGAAGAGGUCAUGACUGUUGCCUGCAAUCUUGGAUCCUGGACUAAGUUCUGCGUUUGAGGGUGAACAUGCUUUGCUGCACAGUGAGGCCAGAUAGUUUCUAGAGCCAGUUGCGCCAGCAGCUCUGAUCUCUUGUGUGAAUCGAGGAGUUGUGCGUGGAAUGUGGGCUGCUGAAGGUGAACACG